UGUGACUUUAGUUAGCUGUGUGCAAGUAACAGUUCUGUGAUUUGGUAACGAUCUUUUACUAGUGUAUGUGUAUUGCAUUUUAUGCAUUGUUGUCUUGUGCUUGGCUUGUUUUCAUUUGAGGUUAUGUUAUAGUAAACGUUUUUGUGCCUAGUUGAUAGUUUUCAGUGUUGUAAGAAUUUCAAGUAGCCUAAUUUAUUUUCUUACACCAUGCUUCAAAUUCAACAGUACAGUGAUAGUGGGGAUUCAGAUCCUGAUGAAAACCAAACUGCCCAUUUAAAACCUCUUGAAAGUGGAAAGUCUAUUUCAACAAUUUCGUUAGCAGUUUGUGCUGCUCCUGAUGUUACUCCAACGGGACCAUCUGAUAGCCUUCAGUUUGUUGACAUCACUACAAAAGAGCUGACCAGAAAUCUUAAAUAUGAAGAACUAUUCGCUCCUGAAGUUGGUCCGGAAAAUCCAUUCCUGACUCAGCAACAGAGAGCAAAGAAGAACAUGCUUGCAGGAUUUGUAGAACAAGCACAUAUAAGUGAAUUUCAGUUUGAGAAUCAACGAAGAACAUUCAGUAGUUAUGGAUACGCACUGGACCCAACUGUUGACUGCGAGAGUGAAGGCAAGACUGUUGUCGGAGCUACAUUAGCAGCUGCAGAUUCAGCCAUGAAAACUGUGUUUGAAGCAUCUACGAAGCGGCCACUUGAUAAACGGAAACGGAAUAAAAACGAUGAUCCUUCUGACAUUGAGGGUUUUCUUGGUCCUUGGGGUUGUUAUGAAGAUGAAAAACGAGUAAUGAAACCAAAUGAGGCUGAGGCUGAAGAGUUAGAGGAGUACCUUGCAAAGAAACAGAAACGGGGUAAACAGACUGAUGACAAACCUUUGGAGGAAAAAACAGUUUUGCAUAUCAAAGACAGUGUGGACUAUCAGGGACGAUCAUUCCUCCAUGUGCCACAAGACGUUGGUGUCAAUCUCAAGUCUGAGACGCCACCUGACCGCUGCUUCCUGCCCAAGUCACAUGUCCACACAUGGCAAGGUCACUCUAAGGGUAUCUCUGCCAUCCGGUGGUUUCCGCACUCUGCUCACCUCCUCUUAUCCUGCAGCAUGGAUUGUCGUGUCAAGCUUUGGGAAGUGUACAAGGAGCGUCGCUGCAUCAGGACGUACUAUGGACAUCGGCAGGCUGUGCGAGACAUCGCCUUCAACAAUCCCGGCACACAGUUUCUGUCCGCUGCGUAUGACCGUUACAUCAAGAUGUGGGACACAGAGACGGGCGAGUGUAUAUCUCGAUUCACCAGUCGCAAAAUUCCAUAUUGUAUUAAGUACCAUCCAGACGAUGACAAACAGAACCUCUUUGUGGCUGGUACUUCCGACAAGAAGAUUAUAUGUUGGGAUAUACGCAGUGGAGAGAUCGUACAAGAAUAUGACAGACAUUUGGGUGCUGUCAACACUAUUACUUUUGUGGACGAGAAUAGGAGAUUUGUUACCACUUCUGACGACAAAAGUCUCAGAGUUUGGGAAUGGGAUAUCCCUGUGGACAUGAAGUAUAUAGCAGAUCCCAGCAUGCACUCCAUGCCAGCUGUAACACCGUCCCCUAACCACAAGUGGCUGGCAUGUCAGAGCAUGGACAACAAGAUAGUCAUCUUUUCUGCUCUCAACCGGUUUAAACUGAACCGUAAGAAGACAUUUAGCGGUCACAUGGUCGCCGGCUAUGCCUGUUCUCUUGACUUUUCUCCAGAUAUGAGCUAUAUAAUCUCCGGGGAUGCAGAUGGCAAGGCUUAUGUCUGGGAUUGGAAGACUACUAAGCUGUUCAGUAAAUGGCAGGCUCAUGACAACGUCUGUAUCGCAGUCCUCUGGCAUCCACACGAGCCCAGUAAGGUGGCCACUGCCGGGUGGGAUGGACUCAUCAAGUACUGGGACUAGUUUACCAUAAAUACCUUUUGUAUAUUUGUAAAUAUAUAAAUUAUUUUAUACAAUGGUAA